GUUUAUGGGUGUCUGUGUGCAAGAAGGGCAACUACACGCCCUGACGGAGUACAUCGAGGACGGUUCCCUGGAGCAGCUGAUCGCCAACAAGGCCGAGUACCUACCAGCCCUUUGGAAGAUAAGGAUUGCGCUUGGGAUUGCCCGAGGAAUGCAGUACGUGCACGAUGUUGGCAUAUUUCAUCGCGAUCUUACGAGCAAGAAUGUGCUCGUGAAACGGUUACCCGACGGUAUGUUCGAUGCGGUCGUUGGUGACUUCGGGUUGGCCGCCAACAUCCCUCGGAAAUGUGGAAAACCUCGCCUCGAUACGGUUGGCUCACCGUACUGGAUGAGUCCGGAGUGUCUCAAGGGCCAGUGGUACGAUCAAACCAGUGAUGUAUUCUCCUACGGGAUUAUUUUAUGUGAAUUGAUAGCGCGGAUUGAAGCCGAUCCGGAUAUCAUGCCACGAACUGAUUCGUUCGGUAUGGACUACUUAGCGUUCGCUGACGGGUGCCCGAACGAUACGCCACCGGCGUUUUUAAGACUGGCCUUCUACUGUUGUACUUAUGAUCCAAAGAGUCGACCAACGUUCACGGAGUGUGUGAAAAAGUGCACACUGUUGUCGGACGUGUGCGAGGACAGCUACAACCAUCAUCAUCACCAGCAGCAGCAGCAGCAACAGCAGCAACAGCAGGUUUACCGGCUUGGGCCGCCCAAUGGCGCCAGCGCGAGUACGGGCACCGUGGUCAGUAUUCUGCCAACCGGCAGUUCAGACACCCCCCCAAGCGGCACCAUGGAGAACAUCUCGCCCAGCAGCAGCAGAACGAGCACCCCGUCGAGCAGCGGCGAAUACUCGCAGAAUCCGCUGCACCACCGGCGCUCGCUGUCAGAGAAUGUGAUCGUGUUUCCGCCGCACACCACGCCGAGCGAGAAGGCGCGGUAUCACAUGUACCAGCGGGGCAACUCCGUCGUCCGUCCGUCCAUCGAACCGGCCAUUCCGGAGUCGCCGACCUACUCGAACCAAACGCUGCGCAAGGUGGCGGAAACGAUGCUGCUGAAGGAUCCGCAGUACAAACCGCGGGCCAAGACUGACCAGCCUGGUGGCUGCAAACCGAAUCCGUUCAGUGCACUGUCGCAGUUGAGGGGGGUGAAGAAAAUUCUCGGCCCAAACCCGGCCGUCACGACGUACAGCUCGGGCGAUCUGUUUAGCUCGUGCUUCGAAAUUUCGGCCCCGUACUUUCGCGCUUGGAAUAACGUGCAGAAUCAGACUGUCAAAAACGCGCGCGAUGGCCGAAGCUGUGCGGGGGGCACCGGUUCCGGUGGGUCCUCGGGUAGCGGGGUGAAUGGCGAGGGGCAACCGAAAAGCUUGCCCAAUUCGCCGACCUCCCCGCGCAAGGAGUACGGCGAAGAGGAGGAGGAUGAAGAGCACACCGGGAGUGGGUUGUCGAACGAGUACCGGAAGGUGUCGCUGGGCAACGUUCGAAAGUAUCGGGCUAGCUUCACCGAACUCUCUAGUCAUCCACUGUACAAGAGUGGUCAAAUCGAGACUGAAGAAAUGGGCACACCGGCGGCUUCCGGUGUGCCGGUGUCGACCUCGGCACCGGUCACGAUAACGGCCGCAGCAGCAGUACCGAACCCGUGCCCUACCGCUGUCACUACCGUGGCGCCCAGUGUGCCCGGUAAGAAAGUGUUGAACGGAACCCUGAAGCCCACAACGAUCCCCGGAACGAUUGCGUCGAACGAUCCCGUCGAUGAGGAGCUCGAGAUGAACGACAGUGAUCGGUUACCGGCGAUCGGUAAGCGCACGAAAACGCUGAGCGGCAGUAGCAGCGGUAGCAAUCUGGCCAACCUUUGCAAUGGCGACAGUGGCACCGAGGAGGGCCAAGAUGGGGCCAGUUGCGAUGGGGAAUCGAUGCGCCCGGAAGAGGUGUUGAAGUCCGCCGGCGCCAUCGGCGAAGGGGCGAGCGGAACUGUGAUCGGAACCGGCAAGGACGCGUCGUGUCCCGAGGGAGAGGGUGUGCUGGAGACGCCUCGCAUUCUCACCCGCCGUGGCUCGACGGAGAGCGGAUUUUUCUCCUGCCUCAACGAAGACUUUGGCACGUACAAAUCGUCUCCCUGCUGCUGCCUCGAGCGCAUUGCACACUUCGAGUCGACGGAGCGACUGCCCAUGUGUCGGUGCGUUUUCGGCGGUGCCACCCUAACCGGUGGCUCGAGCGGGGCCGAAGCGGUAACCGUGUGCACGAGCGGGGGUUUGAUGUCGAACGGGACACUGAACGAUAGCUCCAGUAUCCUGCUGUUUGAUGACAACUCGACGAACGUGAGCUCGCUUCGCAGCAUGGAUGACCUGGAGCUGUCGGAUUCGAUUCGCAAACGGUUUAACCACCACCACCACCACCUCCAUCAUCACCAUCUGCACCACCACGGUGCACACCAUGCGCAUCACCACGGGCUGAGCGGUAGACCGAAUGUGCUGAGCAAUGUGGACAUCGAUGCACGGUCGAUCGAUAUGGGACUUAUCAAUCGCUUGGCACUCGACUCCGAGAUCAGCAGCAUGAUCCAGAAGAACCAGUUCACCAACCAGCUGCUGUACUGCAAGAAUCGCUCGUCGUCGAUCUUCACCGACAGCUCGGAUGACAUCAGCAGCCUGGCCGGUUCGGACUCGCUGCUGUGGGACGACCGUUCGUACACCACGAUACCGAACACACGAUCCGCGCAGAUCGCCAAAAUCGUCGAGUACUUCGAGCGCAAAGGCCAAACAUUCAAACCAUUCACUGUACCUGAUACGCUCCAGUUGGGCGCCACCGGAGGGCCACCAGCCUGUGGCAACCUGUCACAUCACCACCACCACCAUCAUCACCACCAUCGUCAUCAUUCACCGUCGAUGGGCGCACCAUCCUGUCUCGCCCAGGCAGGGUUUAGCGCGCCUACGACGACGACGACGACGGCGGCAGCAACCACAGCACUAACACCAAACGGAACCGCCGGGCGAAAGCUGUCCAACG